AUGAAGGUGUAUGCGCACUGGGACGGCGAUCCGCAAUUCACGCUCAUCGCUGUGGUCGCGGAUCGCGCGGCCGCGACGAGCGCAGGCGGCACGAGCGCCGUGCGGACAGCGGGGGAGCUCAUCGCGCGGUUCGCCUCCGCUUUCAAUGCCAAGGUAUGCCCAUGCCCAUGCCCAUGCCCAUCCUCUUUCAUCUCCCACUGCCAUCUCAUGCUCUCCCCCCACCGUCCUUCCCUACUCCCUUGUUCCACUCCCCUCGUGCUCCGUCCCACCUCCGUCCCCAUGCCACUGCAACCAUAUCUCCUCGCCCAUUCUUGCCGCCCUUGCGGCAUGCUCACCCCCUCUCUCUCUCUCCUCCCUUCCGUGUCACCCCGUGCCCCUCACACCCCUCCGUACUACCCAACCCACCCCGACCCGCCACAUCCCCACCAGCACCCCUCCCACGCCCCUCUCUCGCCCUCACUUCUCUCACUCCACAAAUCAAGAUGCGGAUGUGCACAGUCGUCCCUUUUCUCCCGGCUUUCCUCCCGGCCCCGUGCCUCCCGUCUCAUGCAACUGCGCCCCUCCAACCCGCCACUCUCCCUCCGGUUCCCCAUCCUUCCCGCUGCCAUGCCAUGCAGAGGUCAAGAGGUGGGUGGCAGCACAGCGCUGAGCAAGGCAGUGCAAGACCUGGAUGACCUCUUCGUCCGCCACAAGCCACCACCGCACAAGCCAUCGCCUCCGCAGCAGCAGCAACAGGGGGCGGCGAACAGUGGAAAAUCCCCAGUGCAACCUCCCGACCAUGGUGCCGCCACCGCACCAACUGCUGGCCCCCCCACACGCUCCCCUCCCUCAGCUUCUCAAACCACCGCGCCUCCGCCUGCUCCUGCACCGUCCAUCCCCUCAGCAUUCGCGAAGCACCUCUCAAGCUCAUCACCUGUGACAUCGGUGCCCUCUUCCCCUGCCGCCACCACCCAGCGCACCACAGCUGCUUCACACGCACAGUCGCCCCUCGCGCUGCCGCUGGUGCGGCAUGCAGCACAGCAGCUGCUGCAGGCGCAGAGGAAGGGCCAGUACAAGCACGCCAUGCUGCUGGCGAAUGAGCUGCUCGCGGUGGUGCCCAACCUCAAGCUCGCCUACAGGGCGCUGGCGGCCAUGCACAUGGCCAUAUCACGCCACGACCGCGCUCUCCCAGUGCUGCAGGCAGCCGUGGCAGCACACCCCUCAGACCCCCUCCUCCACCUGCGCCUCGCGCAGGCCACUCUGCACCUGCAGCAACCCACUGAAGCACUCCCCCUGGCUGACCGUGCCCUCUCCCUUGCGACCAAGCAGGGCUGGCCGCAGCACAGCAAGCGCAGGGGCGCGGGGAAGGGCGGGCGAGGGGGGGGCAUGGUGGGGGUGCUGGGCAGCAAGCAGAGUGCCGCACGGAUGAUGCGCCGGGCUAGGGUGAGCGGGCAGCAGGCGGCUGAAAUGUUUGGUCUGCCCGAGGAUGAGGAGGAGGAUGAUGAAGAGGAGGGGGAUGGGGGGAAGGCGGGGAAGGGUGAAGGGAUGAAGACUGGCGGAGCCGGGGGAGCGUGGGAUGUGGACAGUCCGUACGCGGGCGAUCCACAUGGCGAUGUCUCAUUGGAUGACAUAAAGGUGGAGUGUGGGCGUGCGUUGCUGCAGGCGGGGGCAGUGGACGUGGCGGCAGCAGUGGUGGCGGGAGUGCUGCAGGGCGACGAGCACCAUGAGGGCGCUCUCCUGCUAUAUGGUGAUGUGCUGCUGCAACAAAAGAAGGCACAGGCAGGCACUCACACACCACAGGGAAACCCAGCGGAACGCCCAGAAGGCUCGGGUGCAAAGAAAGAGGUGGGUGGCGAGGGGGAAGGAGGGAGGAUGCAGGAGGAGGAGGAGGCAAUGAAGGCGUAUCUGCGCGUGCUACUAGCACACCCACAGCACUCCACAGCUCGUGCAAAAAUCGCCCACGUGCUGCAGCACCACGCCUCUGCUCGCCGCCUGCUGCUCUCCCAGCUGCGAGCCGGCGCAGGAGCCCCUGCGGACACGGCGCGUGCGCUGGUGUUCUUCGCCUCAGCGUGCAAGGACCACAGUGCGUUGGACGCCGCGUGUGAGUUCAUGCAGGUGGCUGUGGCGCUCGCUCCUGGGAGCAGCAGUCACGUGCUGGCGCUGCUGCAUUUGCAUGAAGUCAUGCUCAACGGCUGUGCUGCGCUGCACCUCGCACGCUCCUUCUGCGAAGCACGCCCUGGGUUUCGCCUCGGUCCCAUCACGCUUGGCUCAGUUUUGCCGUUCUUUGAAGGGCUGCCCCUCCACCCGGGCAGCUGCGAGGAUGUUUCGCCCUGCCCACAUGAGCGGGGCGUGCAGCUGGAGUUCCUCCGGAGGUGGGAUGGUGGGGGCGCACAGGAGGGCGGUUGUGAUGAGCUGGGGGCCGGUAGUGCCGGGGUGGCCAGUAGGGGUGCAGAAAGCAAUGGGGCAGAUAGCAAGGGGGACGGUGGCGGCGAGGGUGGGGAAGUGGCAGGAGUGGGAAUGGGUAAGGAGGAGUACAAUUCAGAGCAACUAGACGUGCUGGCGCUGCUGAUGACGACAGUGAAGGCGCUGUUCCUGGGAGGGGCCGUGCAGCGCGCCAAGGCGGUGGGAGCGCUGGUGGAGCGAGCACGACUGGCCUCGGUUACGCCCCUGCAUCAGACGCUCAUUCGCAACGAGGCGGCGUACUUUGGCUGUGCCUUCCAGCUGCUCACACAGUACCCCAUCCCCCACUCCCUCUCCGACAGUGCACCAAAGCCACUGUUCCUUGCUGGCGACAGCCACUGCAUGGCGGCAGCGUGGCGGGUGGUGCAGCUGAGGGGGCGGCCGCGGCUGCUGUGUCCGGUGCUCAUCACAGGGCUCAAGGCGUGGCACCUGCGCCCUGAAUCCACCUUCUUCCCCAAGGCGUCGUUCCACCGGGCCAUGCAGCGAGUGCCUCAGGGCAGCGAGGUGGUGGUGCUGUUUGGGGAGAUAGACUGCAGGGAGGGCAUCCUCAUCUCUGUCGAUCGCACCAAGUACAAGGACGUGGAGGAGGGAGUGGAGGUGACAGUGGACAUCUACAUCGCAGUGCUGCUCUCGCUCAUCGCAGCACGCGCCUUUGAGAUCUUCGUGCACCCCGUGCCCUCAGUCAUCCCCGAGACGCGUCCGCUCGCGCGCAUCUACAACGCCACGCUGCGCUGCCGCUGCCUGGCUGCCGCUGCCUCCCCUGCUGCUGGGGGGCGACUGCACAUGCUGGACUUCUUCAAUGGCCUGCUCACUGAUGAUCAAGAGUCGCUGCGGCGCGAGUUUGAGUUUGAUGGGACGCACAUGAGUCCUCUCUACGUGCCUCUCCUGGACAAGGAGCUCUCACGCAUCGAUGCAGAGUGA